AUGGCCUCAGCAGCGAGCAGAGGCUUGCUGCUGCUGCAGCAGCCUCUUUUCCCCUUUUUGGUAUUUUGCUUCUGCCUAAUGUCCUCUCCUUCUUUCUCCUACCACCGCAGCGGCGUCCACGUAGGCCUGCCUCUAUCUGCAGCUCCCCAGGGGGCCUCCCAGGGGCCCCUGGGGGCCCCCCCGGCGGCCCUGCUGGACCUGCACGGGGCAGCCCAGGAAGAUGUAGAUACACCCCAGGAGCCGGAAAAACCCCACGUGACCUCCAAGCCUCAUUUGUUUUCUGUUGAAGAGCUGCUGCAAACAGUGGCAAAGGAUCACUGGCAGCCUCUGGAGGUGCUGCUGGCUCGGGGGGCUUCCCGGGGCUCCCUUGCGAAGGUUGUGCUGCAACAGCAGCAGCAGCUCCACUUUGCUGAAGCCACAAAAGUGGCCAAAAACGCAAUCGAGGUUUGCGAGGCAGAUCAGCAGGCAGAGGCCUGCAGCUUAGCGCGACAGCAGGCAAAGGAGGCCUCAGUGGCUCUCGCGCCUCCAAUUGUGGGCAAGUUCACGAAGAAGAAGGAGAGCGAUGAGGCAGCAGAGCAGCCGCCAGACUCCAGCGCAGAAGCGCGCAGCAGCAGCAGCAGCAGCAGCAGCAGCAGCACGACCCUGGCGCCCAGCCCCAGCAGCAGCGACCUCAGCAGCGACGGCAGCAGCAACACCAGCAGCAGCGACGGCAGCGGCGACCGCAGCAACGAGAGCAGCAGCAGCGCGGGCGGCAGCGACGAGCCCAGCAGCAGCAGCGGCAGGAAGAGCAGGAGCAGCAGCAGCAGGGAGGAGCUGGAGGCGUCGCUGCUGCAGCUGCAGGGCGUGAUUGGCAGCAUUUGGGACACUUUGUUUGGAGGCUCCAGCACGGCCAACGCCGAGAACUUCGAAGGCGGCAAUCAGGGCUCUUACUUCAACUUCAUGUAUCCCUCCGACAACGACUACCCCUGGGCCUGUGUCUGCGACGAGACGCAGUACGCCCAGUGGGCCAACAACGAGGUCUCGUACGUUUCCUGCCGCAACCAAGUGGACUUGUCGUCUCAGAACGUUGUGGCGAUGUGCAACCCCUUGAAUCACAAGAUGAAUGCAGCAGCAGCAGCAACUCCUGCUGCUGCUGCUGUUGCUGCUGUGGCCUUUGCUGCCGUCGCCGUCAGCCUCUUUUGGUAG